UCUCUCACACACACACACACACACACACACACACUCUCUCUCUCUCUCACACACACACACACACACACACUAUGGAGAGAACACCACCGAGCGACGGAGCGCGCGCCUCCACGACCACAGGAAGCCCGAGCCCGAACCAGACGGACCGAACCGGGAGGAGAACCAGAACCGGAGGGGGAGGGGGCGGAGGGGGGAGGAGGAAGGGGGCUCAGCUGGAGGGGGUGCUGAGUAAAUACACCAACAUGAUCCAGGGCUGGCAGCACAGAUACUUCGUUCUGGAUGAAGCGCUGCACCAGCUCCAGUACUUUGUGAAUGACCAGGGGCGGAGUCAGAAGCCCAGGGGGACCCUGCCUCUGAUUGGUGCGUCAGUCAGCGUGAGUGACGAGGCUCCUCACAUGUUCGUCAUCAGCUCGACCAACGGGGAGCUCUACAAACUCCGAGCGGUGGACGGGAGAGAGCAGCAGUUGUGGAUGUCUCACAUUCAGUCCUGCACCACAGACAGCAGUGCGAGGACACCGAAGGACCCUGAGGACCAGCUGGGUGUGGACAAGACAGUCAGUAGUUUAGACACACAGAGUUCGUCACGUCGGAGUUUCUCUCUCCUCCCCUCCUCGUCUUCCUCGACUUCCUCCUCCCCGAGGCUGCAGAGACAUCUCCCCCACCUUCCUCAUCUGCCACAUCUUCCUCAUCCUCACAGGUCUCCUGCAGCUUCACGCCGUGCCAAACACACACACGCUCAGCCUGACACACUGCUGCAAGUCCGAGAGGUGAUCAGUCAGGCCGAGUGUCAGCAGAAAUCCCUCGUCCGGUCCAUCGAGCUCCUUCCCCAGCGAGGGGGCGUGUCCUGUCUGGAUCAGGACCUGCUGCUGCUGAAGGCGACCUCGGCCGCGACGCUGCGCUGCCUCGCCCAGUGCCUCAGCAUGCUACAGCAACACAGAUACGCCCACGACGUGUCAGACCCUGCCCCGAUGCAGGCUCCGCCCACUGAGGCAUGUGACGUGGAUCAUGUAAAGACUGCUCCGCUCAGCAAAGACCAAACAAACCCAUGCUGAGCCAAAUCCCUCAGUGUCGCGUCGUCUGCCCUGUUUUUUUUUUUACUUGAGUGUGACUGAAAGGGCUAAACUUCCUGAUGUGUGUGUGAAGCGUGUUUGUCAACCAAACUAAUGCACUUUCUCUUCCUAUGCUGGAGUAACCAAAGCAUGCCACACUGUGCCUGAUUCGAGCUCCUUCAUCCUCACUUCCAAACAUGUUCAAUAAAAUAUUUCAGAGCAAAUCA